GGACCGCCACACUUCCGGUCCGGUUGUCAACAGAGAAGCACCACGCGUGUUUCCAAACAGCAAAGAUGCCUAAAGCUCAGAAAGGAAAAGGCAAAGCUCCGGAGAAGGUUGUUCACCCGUACAGCAGGAAAGCUGCUUACCUGGCCCGAGAAGAAAUCAGACUGAAGAAGAAAGAAAGGCAGAAGAAUGACAAAGCAACUCGUCUGAGCAGCAUCGGGGAGAAGCUGUUGUGGUUUCAGCAACAGUUGGAUCCAGAAAAGACGACUUACACUAAAAAAGAUGCCUGUGACGUCAUAGAAAGGUACCUCCAAAGGUUUGAUUCUGAGCUCGAGCAGAUUGAGCUGAUGAAUGGAAUCAAAGGUCGGCAGGGUCGUCUCCAUGGCGCCAGGGAGGCUGUCAUCAAACAGACGGUCGAGCGAGAGCGAGCGCAGUAUGAGGGCGUUGGGUUUGAGAUCCCAGACAUCAUUAACGCAAAGCAUCUGAAGACAUUCAGGGAGUGGACCGGUGAUCUGAAGAAACUUCCAAAUAUUAAACUGCGAAAGGUGUCUAACAAAGGUUUGGACACAAAGAACGAGGAGGAGGAGGAGGAGAAACAAGAUGAUGCAGAAGAUGACAAUGAGGAUGAUGAAGAUGAUUUGGAUGAUGAGGAUGUGGAUGAGAUGUUGCUGAUGUCGGACUGAAAAUAAUCAUAUGUGGCUCAGUAUCAAAGACUGUGGAGCUGAGCGUCACACUGCCAGACUCGUAUAGAGGAAGAGUUUAUAUGCCUGUGUGGGGGAAAUGCUGCUGUUGCUCUGUGACUGUCCACAAGAUGGAGCCAGACUCAGUAACUCCACACCAGCCUGUGAGGGGUUCUACAUUCAUUGUUUAUUGCACAAACAAAUAUGAGUCGUAUGUAACCUGAAUACUCCGUGUUAUCCAAUCAGAGAUAGAAAAAAGGUUUUGACAGAGAUGUUGGGUGCUCUAACGUCGUGGUGGCUAUGAGACACAGAGUACUUCCUGUGGUGUGACAGCGACAGUGAUUUAAAAAAAAACCAAAUUAAACCUGUAGAAAAGUGGACAAAUGUAAACAA